AGGCGCGGUGGCCACUGGCGGAGGCGGUAGCAUGGAGGGCACGGGCAGCUCCUGGAGGCCGCCGCGCUCGUGCGAGGAUUACUGGGGGGAGUGGAAGCAUUGCCGCCGGCUGCGCCACGCCUUCCACCACUACUACGCGCACGGGGAGCUGCCGGAGUGCGGCCGCUGGCGGGAGGACUACGAGGCCUGCCGAGCCUGGGAGAGGGACCGCUCCCCCGCCGCGCAGGAAUCUUUGUGCAAGAGUGAAAGAGCUCGAGUUAUGGAAAAACAGAAAUAUGCUCCAGUGUGGAAGCUCAGGAAGAGCCCACCAUCUGACUGGUAUCUACCACUUGACCAUGACAAAUCAAAUUAAGACUGUUUUCUGCAUUUGGUCAGCAACAUAAUACACAAUUCAGAAUUAUGGUUUUUUUUUUUCUUCUGCAUCAUCUUGAAGUUAUUCAGCUGUACCUCUGCCCUACAAUAUUUUAGCACUCACUCAAAAUUUCUGAAAUUUUAUUUAGACACUGGGUAUUUUUAAAAUGA